CGGCUAUAGUAAUAUCGUAAAGGCUGUCACGACUUUCCUGAAAGGAACUCAUCUUGAACAGGAUUUAUUGUUUUUUUAAUACACAGUCCAUCUGAUAUCCUAAUGAAUUCACACUUCGGUCCUGUGGAUGGCGGUAAUGCACUUCGUCUGCAAAACCACAGAAGAAGAAGUUGUUGUUGCAGAGCUUUGAGUGUACUGAGUUUAUGACAGAAAGCUGAAAACAUGACUGACCCAGAAUCCUGCAGAAUAAAACGAAAAGAUACCGAACAACAAAUAGAUAUGAGAAAAGAGAACAAGAAGAUUGAUGAACUGAGUGAAGAGGGGGAGAACCAUCACGUCAACACUGAAGAAACAUCUUGGAGAUCCUCAUUGACAAGAAGAGAAAAAACAAGGCCUGAGUGUGAAAAAAGUCUCUUGUUCAAGCAGAAUCUUGACUUCCUGAAGGACCGCCUGAAAGUUCAUACGAAGGACAAGCCAUACAUAUGUUAUUCAUGUGGAAAGAGUUUUAGUCAGAUGUGUGCAUUAACAAUACACCAAAAAAGACACAGUGGUGUGAAGGAUCAUGCUUGCACUGAGUGUGGAAAGACUUUUUUUACGCAUGAUGCUAUGAAAGUGCACCAGACAGUUCACACUACAGAAACACCUUACAAGUGUUCAGACUGUGACAAGAGAUUCAAACGACCAGAAUAUCUGAAAAUACACAAGAAGAUCCACACUGGAGAGAAGCCGCAUAUGUGUGAUCAGUGUGGGAAGAGCUUUAGACUAAAACAAAUGCUUAAUCAACACAUGGAUAUCCACACUGGAGAGAAGCCACACAUAUGUGAUCAGUGUGGGAAGAGUUUUAGACUAAAACAAAUGCUUAAUCAACACAUGGACCUCCACACUGGAGAGAAUUCGCACACGUGCGAUCAGUGUGGGAAAAAUUUCUCACAAAAAUCUAACCUAAACAAACACAUGAGGCUCCACGCUGGAGAGAAGCAUACAUGUGAUCAGUGUGGGAAGAGUUUCACACAAAAAGAGUACCUUAAUGCGCACCUUAAAAACCACACUGGAGAGAAACCAUACAUGUGUGAUCAGUGUGAGAAGAGUUUUGGAAAAAAGUCUGCUCUUAAUUUACACAUGAGGAUCCACACUGGAGAGAAGCCAUAUGCGUGUUAUCAAUGUGGGAAGAGCUUCAGACUAAAACAAAUGCUGAAUCAACACAUGGAUCUCCACACUGGAGAGAAUCCGCACAAAUGCGGACAGUGUGGGAAGAAUUUCUCACAAAAAUCAAACCUAAACAAACACAUGAGACUCCACGCUGGAGAGAAGCAUACAUGUGAUCAGUGUGGGAAGAGUUUCACACAAAAAGAGUACCUUAAUGCCCACCUAAAAACCCACACUGGAGAGAAACCUUUCACAUGUGAUCAAUGUGAGAAGAGUUUCGGACAAAAAUCGGCCCUUAAUGUACACAUGAGGAUCCACACUGGAGAGAAACCCUACACAUGUGAUCAGUGUGGAAAGUGUUUCAGGCUCAAGCAAACUCUUGACAAACACAUGAUGAUCCACACUGGAGUGAAGCCAUACACCUGCAAUCAGUGUGGAAAGAGUUUUAUAAAAUGUGAUGUUUUUAAAAAACAUCUGCUUAUUCAUUCUAGAACGAGGCUAGAAAACUGUGACCAAAGCCCUAGAACAUUUCUAAAGGACUGCCGGAAAGCUCAGACGAAGGAGAAGCCUUACAUAUGUAAUUUAUGUGGAAAGAGUUUUAGCCACAUGGUUGCAUUAAAGUUACACCAGAAAAGACACAGCGGUGUGAAGGAUUAUGCUUGCUCUAUGUGCUGGAAGACCUUUUUUGCAUAUGGUGCACUGAAGGUGCACCAGACAGUUCACACUACAAAAAAACCUUUCAAGUGUUCACGCUGUGACAAGAGAUUCAAACGAUCUGAUUAUCUGAAAAUACAUGAGAGGAUUCACACUGGAGAGAAGCCGUAUACAUGUGAUCAGUGUGGGAGGAGUUUCACACAAAGAGGAACCCUCACUGCACACAAGAAAACCCACAGUAGAGAGAAGCCAUACUCCUGUGAUCAUUGUGAGAAAAGUUUCAAACGAAAAGAAAGCCUUCAUGAUCACAUGAGGAUCCACACCGGAGAGAAACCAUACACAUGUAAUCAGUGUGGGAGGAGUUUCAGACUGAAAGAAAUGCUUAAUCGACACAUGAUUAUCCACACCAGAGAGACGCCUUACACGUGUGAUCAAUGUGGGAGGAGUUUUCUAAGAAGACUAACCCUUUACAAACACAAGAAAACUCACAAUUGUGUACUGAAACAGCACCAGACAGUUCACGCUACAGAAACGCCUUACAAGUGUUCACACUGUGACCAGAGAUUCAAACAAUCAACACAUCUACAGAUACAUGAGAAGAUCCACCCUGGAGAGAAGCUGCAUCACUGCCAUUCAUGUGGGAAGAGUUUCACUCAAUUAUCUUCUCUAAUCUCUCAUAAAUUACACGUCUGCAUGUCUAGAAUUACAGUAAGUAGUUCAAGUUCUGAUCCUGUUCUUCCAGGUGCGAGAUAGGGCUGCAUCAAGUAAUUAUUCUGAUAAUAGAUUAUUGAGAGAUUAUUGGACCAAUUAAUCAACUAUUUGUUGAUUAUUUCAUAGAUUAAUCAGUAUCUUUAUUGAUUAUUCAGCUUUUGGAGUUGAGUAAAAUGUUGAGUUACACCCAUUCUAACUAAUAAACGAAACAAGGAAAUGGC